AUGCACGUUCUCAUUGUGGGCGGUGGUCUAGGUGGUCUGGGUCUUGCUCAAUGCUUGCGGAAGCAGGGGAUCUCCUUUGAGGUUUUUGAGCGGGAUGAGGAUGCUCAGUCUCGAUUCCAAGGAUGGGCUAUUGGUAUCCACACCAUCAUCGAGAAGCUGCAGUCGAGCUUCCCCUCGGACAUGGCGACUCUAAAAGACGCCACCGACCAUUUACAGCCUCUCGACCUUCCGGCCCAGAUGGGUCUGUACUUCCCUGGCCGUCCUGGCCGUAUGGGUGUUGAGGACACUCCCGAGCAUCCCAUUGUACGCUCUGAGCGUCACCGCCUCAGAGAGUGGCUCUCCACAAACAUUCCUAUCCAGUGGGGCAAGCGUGUAGUCAGCAUUGACCACAACGACGCCGGCGUGCAGGUCUCAUUCGAAGACGGCACGACUGCCAGCGGUGACAUUCUUGUCGGUGCUGACGGCAUCAACAGUGGCGUCCGUGAGCACAUCCUGCAGAAGCCGGCCAAAGAUGUCCUCAAGCUAGUCCCCCUAGCAGCCAUUGUCGGCGAGGUGACGCUCGAGGGGGACGCGUUUGUGCGCCAGCUAGAGCUUGGCCACAGCGCCUACGUGUAUGCCAGCCCGGAUCUGGGCUUCUGGAACUUCAACGGCCUGCACCACGUGCUGCCAGGGGGCCGUUCGGGCAAGCACUACUGGAUGCUGAUGCAGCCCGACGCGACCGUCGAGUCUCCCGACCACUGGCUGCAGUCGGCUACGCAGGAGCAGAAGCACGAGCACGUCAUGAAGCUCAUUGCCAACAUGCCCCCGCGCUUCCGCGAGCUGUUCGAGGCGACUCCCGCGAGCGGCAUCAAGAAGGAGGCCCACGUCUGGCGGGACCUCGAGCUCGACACCCAGGGCGGGCUACCCGCCAGCCGUGUCAUGCUCGUCGGCGACGCGGCGCACGCAAUGACGCCGUUCCGCGGCGAGGGCGGAUACCACAGCUUCAUCGAUGCCAUGAACCUCUGCCAGACGCUGGUCAGCCUGAAGGAGGGCGACAAGUACAAGGACGUCAGCGUCGUCAAACCCGCGGUCGACGAGUACAACAAGGAGAUGCUGCAGCGUGGCGGAGACGCCGUGCGUAGCUCGCGCAACGAGAACUCGGCCAAGCGGACGAGCGACACCAAGACCAAGUUCACGACCGCAAACCAGAUGGUGCGCUCCUUGCCAGAGGUGCCCAUCGUUUUGGACAAGGUAAUCAAGGCAUAA